ACACUCUGCUGCUUUGACAACAACCAUCAGAGCAGCUGAGUCUCUCCUCUCCACCGAGAAAAAAAAUAGAAGAGAGAAAAUCUCGCUCGCAGUCAAAAACAAUGAAGGGCGCACGACGCGCAACUCGCUCCAAGCCUCUCCAACAGCAGCGGAGUUUCCCCCCUGGAGGGAUCGUAGCAUGCGUCUGUGCGUCACCCGCAGGGAGAAGGACCACGGGAAUAUAACUUGACUAUCUGCGGAGUUUGUUCUUUUUUAUAUAUAUUUUUGGGCUUGGGGAGAAAUCAUGCCUUUUUGUAAACGCACGAUACUUCCGAAAGAUGUGUGCAAACCCGACGGCGGGAGGCUGCUGGAGGCGCGUCCCCGGCAGCAGGCGGAGGUUUUCGGGGACUUGGCGGACGUGUGCGGCUUCUCCCUGUGCUCGGUGCUGCGGCAGCUCUCGGAUCUGUCCCGGCACUCGGUGAGCAUCCUGGAGGAGCUGGAGGGAGAGCUGGUGUCCAUCUGCCACCGGUCCGGCGCGCUGGAGGGCAGAGUGGUCCGACUGCAGAGGCACGUCGCCGAGCUGAUCAGCAAACCUCCACCGAGAACCACCAGCGGUCUAGAGGCAGAGAGCGGCAGGCGAGGCGGCAGCAGCAUCGGCAGCCACCACGGCGAUGGCAACCACGGCAGCGGCGGUGGCGGCAGCAGCAGCAGCAGCGGCGGCGGCAGCGCGGCCCACUUCAGGUCUCCAUGGCAACAGAGCGUGAACGUGUUCGGCUCGUGGAGCAGGCCGGAGUGUGUCGAGGAGCUGCACCAGCAGGCGCAGCUCAACCUCCAGAGCCUGCUGCAAGAUUUUGAGGAGCAGUUGUACGACACCAAGCUGACCGGUCAGACUUUCCGGCAUCCGUCCUGGCACAGCUCCGACGACACGUCCACCUCGCUGAGCCGCUCGCCCAUCUCCCUCAACAACAAGAGGCCCGACUUCAUCUUCCUGCCGGCAUCCAAGCAGCUCUACGAUGAUGAAACCACCUCCUCGGUGUUCGGCCUGAGGUCCGUGACCGACCCGUCUCCCUCCCCGUCCCCAUCCCCCUGCAGCUCAGAUCGCCCCCCGCUGGGCUGGAGCAGCAACAACAGCAGCAGCAGCACCGCCACGUCUGCCACCACCGGACCGCCGGUCGCAGAAAAACCCCGCUGGCACCUGGGAAGACGCACACCGGCUCAGUUCAUACCCCUGGACAUUACAGGUGACGGAGGAGGAGUGAAGUUCCACGGUGUUGACCUCCUCCAGCACUCCCCGUCCCCUUCCCCCUAUCCUGGGGACCCCUUCCCCCAUCAGCCCCACUCCCUGGAGCCCGUCACCGACACCCCCCACCAGAACCUCCCACUGAGGAAGACGCACUCCGACCUCGACACGACCUUACCUACAGAUAACAGUUUGGGGCAGCGAGCCCCAGACCAUCUCCACCCAGGAACUAUGGACCACUCUGGGCUGCUGUGCUCAAACACGCCCUCGACCUCCUGGAAUGGACCGAAGGGCUCCACCUUUUCCCCUGGGGCGUGGAAUGAGCCUUACAAUUACAGCAUGAACAAAGGUCCAGCGGUUCCACCCAAACAGCACACCAUCAUUGGAGGUUCAGGAGGGGGGACGCAGGACGGGGUGAUGCUGGUGGGCUCAGGACAGCCAGUGAGCUCACAUUCCAGCUCCUUCGCGUCAGUGACGAAUCCCUCGGGGAGAACAGGGAAUAACAUGCCAGGGAUAUCUCUGGCAGCAGCCAUGAUGGGGAAGCGAAGCGAGACAGAAGGAGCUGCAGCUGAUGGAGGUAGAGGGGGAGGUGGGGGAGUCGGAGAGGUGUUGAGAGGCCGGGAGAGGUCAGCCCGAUCUAUAGCAGCUCAGAACGCCUUCAAGUUCAGGGAGCGUUCCCUUUCUACGCCCACAGACUCUGGCUCCUUCUGCUUCACGGAGGGCAUCACUGGUCAAAUGGACGGUAACAUCACAUCUGCAGGGAACGGAAACACGAUGGCAGCAAACCACCACCAGGAGCAUCACAACUUUCUGGGUCUGGGUGAGAACUACGCCCUCCUCUACCCGAGAGGCAGCUCUGAGGACAGCACUAGCACUGCUGACACCAUCUCUGUCACAGCUUCGGACUACAGCACGGAGGGACGUUUGCGCCUGCGUUCUCGCUCCAUCUCGCUCAAGAAAUCCAAACGCAAGCCACCUCCUCCUGUGAGGAGCGUUUCCCUCAUGAAAAACCUUGGAGAAGCCGAGGGGAGAAUCCACCACGAGGGUGGUCUUUACCGAGAUGGUCGGCCGAAGAGCCUGCACAUCCCCAGGGACCACUUCCCAGACUUCCAGCCAGAUUUCCUUCUGCCCAGCUCAUCCUCUAAACCCAGUGUUGCUGAGCGGGAGCUAGCCCAAGGAGGGAACGAUGGACCUCCGAGUCUGGAGAUCCAGGCACCAGAGAGGGAGAGUGAGACAGAGAUGACUUUCCCCACUCACUGGCAGCUAGGGGAGUGGAAGAGCAAUGACCCUUACAGGUCUCUGUCGGGCUCCAGCACAGCCACAGGUACCACAGUGAUUGAAUGUAUGAAGGUCAGAGGAAGCUCCGAGUCCCUUCUCGACUCCCCCUCCACCUCCAGAGCCACGUCACCCUCGCAGCUCUCCAUGGAGACGGAUGUCAAGGCGUCGUCACCCUUCAAACCUCCAGGACUCAUGUCCCCAUCCAGUGGCUACUCCAGCCAGUCCGAGACUCCCACCCCUACUGUUCCUCUCAGUCAAGUGGCAGGUCAAGGCACAACAGGGACCAUUGGGUGCAAGAUGCGCCCCAAAAUCCCAGAGAGGAAGUCGUCCCUACCUUCACCGAAGGACCCGGCUGCAAGGUCGAGGUUGUCCUUUGAAAUGCCUGGGAAUGCACAUCUGGAGCUGUCAUCACUCAGGCCAAAGCAGAAGGCCAGCAGGCGGCACUCUGACACCUCAACGGCAGCGAAACCAGGAAAAAUCAGCCCCAGUUCUUCGCAGGCAUUGCCUGUGGUUACCCAGAAUGAGCUGAAGACUAUUCGGCUUCGCUCGGUUUCUCGUGGUGACCUGGAGGACUGUCCUGAUGGAGCGUCUGACACCAUCGAAGAAGAACAACAUGGCAGAGACCUCGGUGACAACCCCAGCCCACCUCCCACUCUGCCAAAACCCAAACCACCUGUCGCUGUCAAACCUCCCCUGCCCAAACGGCCCGUAAACCUCCUCUUGAAAUCUCCGUCUCCUUCUUCUACCUCCCCCCAUGCCCUCGAGUCUCCCCCCGCCUCACCUGUGGAUCGGCCGGUGCCUUUAGGCAACAUCUAUAAAGUCAUGAAAAAGCCGAAACCCAAAAAACCUCCACCACAAGCGCCAAUGAGUCCUGCCGUUCUCCCAGAUUCAAACUCUACCACUACCCCACAGACUACGUACGAUCACCAAUUUCUCCCCCACUCCCAGUCUCUCUUUGAUCUCCCUCCUCUCCCAGACCCCCAGCCUCUCCUGGAGGACCCGGUGCUGGAGCCUGAGUUUGACGCUGAUGCGGAGAUCCAUUUUGGGCCUGAGGAUGGAGGCUCCCUGCCGUCUCCCUGCAGCAACCAGGAAGCUCCAGAGCUCCAGGACAAGAGCAAGACCCUCCCCUCAAGGAUGACAAUCUCUUGCCUGGCAGAAUUGUCAGAUAAAAAGAAACCCAAGGUUCCACCUCCAGUCCCCAAGAAGCCAAACGUCCUGCUUCUUCCCACGUCGGUCCACUCCUCCACUAACGGCAGCACUGACCGCCAGACGCCGCAGACUGACAGCCCCGUGGGCCUGCGAUCUCCGGUAGGAACGUUCCCACCAGAAGAUAUUCCCACCGCUCCGAGUGUUCCAGACAUGAUGGAGCAAGACGAGAACCACCUGGGGACCGACGAGGAGAGUUCAAAGGAGUCGUCACUGCAGUCAUCUCUGCAGGACUCUUCGCUCACAGAGCUGGAAGGGAAGAUGGCUGGCACCGGGAUCGGAGCAGACGACUCAGCAGCUGGUGAGAAGACGGUUCUCCACAUCGCGGAGGAAACAGACGACGACUUGUUGGCCAGCACACCUACAACGCACACCACCGAAGACCUGUUCACCAUUAUACACAGGUCCAAGCGAAAGGUUCUGGGUCGUAAGGAGCCAUCAGACUCCUUUGGCAGCCGCCAGAGUCUGGUGUCUCCGGUGAAGCACAGCACCAGCGGCAGUGACCUCCGAAACCUGACCCUGGGCAGCAGCCAGAGGUCAAGCUCCCGCAACGAGAACUUUAUGGCCCUGCUUCAGAAGAAAGGCAGCAAGUCUUCCAGCGGAGGAGCUCGGGUCUCCGCCAUGGAGCUUCUGAAAAGCACAAACCCGCUGGCGAGACGCGUCACCGAGUUUUCAACCACAACAGCGUCAACCGGCGAAGGAGGAGAGGCGACUCCUGGGAACGACAAACCUAAUGACCAAUGAACGGAUUAACGGGUGUUUAUCGGGUGUUUAACGGCUGUUGACAACGCUACCAUCCACUUCCACAAUCAGCAACUCACUGGGGACGGGACCUUCUGUGUCCAACCGGAUUGCUCCAACUACUGAUUGACCAUUUGCACCGUCCAAUCAAAUUGGAGCACAUUUUUUGGACAAAAUAGUCCCUCCCACGGCUGGAGCGCUGUUCCCUGUCAAACCAGAAAUCAAGACGUCAGUGGAGGGAAAAGGUAGUUCUCACCACAUAUUCAACGAAAGCUGGAGGUUUGGAGGUCACACCUCAAAACUGCACUAGGUUUUCCUCACUGGGAAUGUGUUCAUUGUGGAUGGGUAGAAUAGUCACUGGGAAUGUAAAGAUAUACAGGGAAUAUCUUUACUCCUGGCUGCCUCUGGAUGAAGAAGAGUCCCCCGAUGAAGACGGUGGUUUAUAUAUCUGAAUCUGUAACCACACUGAUCCGCUAGGAUGACACGCAGGAUCAAUAAUCAAAAUAAAUGGAAUAAAAUCCAGAAGAUGUGAGACAUUCAUGAGUCAACCACAAUAUAACCAGUUCCUCCAGCCGGUAGCGCUAUAGGACCGAUGCCUGCAGACCUACACGAAUCAAACUGCGUGACGAGGCAACUGAGAAAGGAAAUACGCCCAAAACUCUAUGGUAAAUGCAAUACCAUAGCACCUCUGUCAGAAUUUACAAAGAGAAACCACAUGGGGGCUUUCUGCCACCGAAUAUGAGGCAUGAGCAUGUCACACAUUUUGUUGCUCGUGCUAAGAACACGAACCUUCAGAAAACAUUCCCAGCAAACGGAUGACAUUUUGGAACGCAAGCACUUUUUUUUCCGUUGGAGGUCGUUUACAUGGUGCAGUCACUGCGGCGACACAUUUUCUCCCAUCAGUCAUUUUCUUCUCAGUUGUUGUUAGAUGUUAUUUUUGUUGCCUCUGUUUUUUUCUUCCAUAUGGCCAUUUCCUGUACAUGUUUAAUUGGAUCAUACUGUAUGUAUCAUGUACAAAGAUAAAUGUAACGCAUCUAUCAACAACCUGCACACAAAGACUUAAAAAUAGUGUACAGAGCAGCUUGGACUACAAGCUUCCCACACGAUGAAGGGAAAAUACACACUCCAACACAUACACAGACUGAUGCCAUGGAACAGAAAAGGCCAAUCUACACAAGUGUGAGUGUGUUCAUAUGAGUGUGUGUGCAGAUGAAAUCCUGCCUGUGGAGUUUCUGUACGGAGAGCAUGAAGCAGGCCGGUUAUUAAACAGGGUUUUUAUUCAUUCUGGUCUCUGGUGUUGGGACCAAAGGACUGUUAAAGACUACAAACAGACCAGAGGGGACCUAGUGGUGUGUGUUUGUGUGUCUGUAUCUGUGUGCAUGUAUGUGUGUGUGUGUGUGUGUGUGUGUGUGUGUGUGUGUGUGUGUGUGUGUGUGUGUGUGUGUGUGUGUGUGUGCGCGCGCGCGCGCGCAUUUGUGUGCAUUUGUGUGCAUGUGUGUGUGGCGGGAAGUGCCAAGAACAAAGUGGGAGACAGAGAGUGUGCAUGUAUGUGUGCCUGUUAAUGUGUUUGGCAUGUUUGUGUGCAUCUGCACUACGUGUCGCACAUUUUUUUUGUGUGAAUUAGUUUGCGUGUGCAUCGUCGCCCUCACCUCGUCCUUACUAGGGACAGGAUUAUAAAGAUCUAAGCAGCCCCCUCCUCUCACAAUAUUGUUACAAAGGACCAGGAACCGAAAGGACACCAGAACCAAGAACCUGAAACAUUCAAGAAUUAUUUACGUCCCAGAAUCCUUUAGCUUGAAGGAUUCUGGGACCUCAAGGAUUCCAGAACCUAAGGGAUCUCUAAAUUCUGGAAUGUUUUAGUUCUGGAAUUGUUUAGGACUCAAAAGGAUCAUGCAAUGGAGAACUGGAAUUAUUCAAGAACCAGGAAUACUUUAAAUUCCGGAAUCUUUUAGGUUCAGUCACUCUUUAGGUUCCUGGGAUCUUUUAGCCAGAAAGAUUCUGGACCUAAAGGAUUCAGAAAUAAAGACUCUUUGGAAUUAUGGGAUCCUGGGUUAAAGAUUUGCAGAACCAAGAGCCUGAAAGAUUCUGGGGAAAAAACUUGAAGGAUUCUGGAAUUGUUUAGGUUCUAAAACUUUUAGAUUUUGGGUUCCUUUAGCCUGAAAGACUCUGGACCUAACAGAUUCUGGAAUAAGGACUCUUUGGAAUUCUGGAUUUUUUCGGUUUUGAAAGUUUCAAGGUUCAAGAAUCCAAGGGUGAUGAUUUCCAGAUCCGAGACUCUAAAGGAUUCCAAAAGAAAAACUGAAGGAUUGUGGAAUGCUAUAGGUGCUAAGGCUCUUUUGAUUCCAGAAUCCUUCAGCCUAAAUUAUUUUGGACCUGAAAGAUUUCCAGAAGCUCUUUGGACUUCUGGAAUCUUUAAGAUUCUGGAAUGUUUGAGUUUCCUGAAACUCUCAGGCUGAAGGAUUCCAGAACCACAGACUUUACAAUUCCAGAAGCAAGAAAGAAAGAAUUCAAGAGCAUGAGCUUAAAUGAUUCCAGAACCAAGAGCUUAAAGGACUCCAGAACCAAGAGCUUAAAGGAUUCCAGAACCAAGAACUUAAAGGAUUCCAAAACCAACAUUCUUGGAGUUACAAAAUGUAUUAGGUUCUGGAUUUUUUUAGAUCCCUGAAACCCUUUGGCUGAAGGAAUCUGGAGGCGGGAGGAUUCAGAGAACAGAGACCUAAAGGGUUUCUUGACAGAGAUGACGAGAGGUUAAAGAUUUCGGGAAUUCUUGGACUGCCAAAGCAUUCUAGUAGUGGGGGGACUCUGGAAGGGACUUAAAAUCUAGGAUGAGGGGAAUGUUUGCGAGGCCUGAGAGCUGGGAGAUUGGUUUGAAAAAUUCAGGUUCCCCCCUCAGUGUUGCAGAGUGACGUCGGGGCGCAGAAGGGUUUGUUUGUUUCGCCCUCCUCCAUGAACGCUCUCAUGCUCCGUCUGGUUCGUCGCAGGGAGGAGGUGACGGUCUGCUUCAUCCUUCUCCUCCUCCUCCUCCUCCCUCCAACACUGCUGGAGCCGCUCUCCAUCUGUUUCUGUUUCCCCAUGUAUACUGCAGCCUUUAUCUCUCUGGUAGCACCACCUCUCUGUACCUUUCUUUCCUCUCUUCCUCUUUUCUCUCCAUCCAUUUCCCCUUCCUGCCUCUCCCAUCUCUUUUCUCUCUGCAUUCAGUCUAUGCAUCUGAGCUCAGCAGAAGGCGCGACACCGAAUGAAUGUCAAUGAAUGACUGUUAAGAAAAAAUAGAAGCUGUUCUUAGUUUGAGAGUGCAAAAAACAGACAUUUUCUAUCAGCGCUCAUCUCCUGCCUUGUUUCUUUCAUGCUCUUGAGUUUUUUUAUGUAUAUUUUUCUUACGUAUCUGUACAACAUGGAAUUACCAUGGAUGAGUGAGCAAGUGGAUGAAUGGGUGGUAUCUGUGCACAAACACGGGAACAGGAGAGGUUUGAAUGUGUUUUUGCAUAAUGGAGCUCAACUUGUGGAUCAGUUCUAGAGCUCUGUGUGGAUGGUCGGAUCGUGGUUCAGCUCUAACACCUGACUUUUCCCCAUGCAUGGAUGGACCGUUAAUGGAGGAGGGAACCUUUCAUGUCCUGACUCCCAGUCGGCAAACUAUCCCUCGGUGCUAUUGAGUCUGAGCUCCCCCUAGUGGACGGAAAAUAAGGAACCACACAUACAGAAACAGCAGAAGAGUGAGAAAAAAACUCCUUCACACACAUCUUCUCUUCCCCCAUGACAGUCCUUCUUCAGGUACUCCAUCAUCCUGAAAAAAAGAGAUGCAUAAAUUAUCACCAUUUAUGAUGACUAGUCAAGUGAAGCUUGUUUUAAAUAUUUAGUGAAUGAAAAAAGAUAAACCUAUAAAACUCUGUGUUUGUUUGCCUUGUAUACUGAAUUAUGGGCGUGUUGCUGCAGCGCCUACUGUGUUUUUAUUUUAUUAUUUUUAUUAUUUUUAAUUUUAGCUGCCUUGGUGGUACACAUUCACAAAAAUCUGGCCAAAACACAACACUGCAGGUGUAAAAGGGAGCAUUUACAUUUAAUCUGACUAAAUAUUUGCCCAAAUCUGCAUUCAUACACAGGUAUGCAGAGCGUGGCAUCGUCUGCAUACUGUUUUGCCCUUAGAGCAAUAUCCCUCAGAUCAAAGUUAGACAUCAGCUAAACUGCAGAUUGAUUUUGAGCUAACAGGAUGGGAAGGGAAAAGAAAGAUACAGCUUUAGGAGGAUGUAUUGUUUGAGCACAGUAGUAUGUGGUGUCGGGUUAUCAGACAGUUUUUACUUGUUCGUCCGUGGACAGAUGGCAGAUUCCCUUUAAUCGGGAAAUAAGCAGAGGUACAAACCAACAGAAACAUAUGGGUACAAAGGGUGCUAGCACUAAUGUAGGGAUGUAAUCAUUUAAUAUGGAGAUGAACUGCUCAUUUUUUACAAAUAUUUCUCAGAGACUGAGCUGCUUCAGAGGAAGAAACAACCUCAUGUGUGGAGCUGCUCCACAUUACUGCCAUAUUUUUGCAACUAACAACACAUUUAUUGGUCCUCAGUGCAGAGCGGCAAAAUCAGAUUGGGUAUUUGACCGACCAAAGAGUUACUUCUGCCCAUCGAGCAGCUGUGAGAAAUGUCUGUAAAACUGAAUUAGGGAACUCUGAAACAUGUUGGCAGCAUAUUAUAUUGAAAAUGACAUUUCUAUAAGGUGUGACAAGAGAGCUGACAAGAGGAAUAUAUUGAAUAUUUAAUCUAUUAUCCCUUCUUUAGGAGAAGUCAGGAAGAGGGAGGAAGGAGGGGAGACGAGGAGCAGAGGUUUGGUUCUGCUGAAUGUGGGGAUUACCACACUAAAAUUUCUACAUACGCCGUCAUCUUUUCCUUCGCCUCCUCUCUCCCUUCGUCUCAGCUGUCCUGUGAGUCACACAAGUAAUCACGUUAAAAGCUUUUCCCUCUCGCUCACUCUCUCUUUUGCUUCCCGACAAAUUAAUAAAAGGUAUGAGAACGCAAGAAAAGAGGAGGAAGACACCGCGAUGGCCCUCUAAUUAAUUUACUCCAAUUUUACAGUCGGCAGAUACCAAAACAGCAAAACUUGUUGCUAGGAAACACAAAUAAAAAGCAGUGGAGAAAAAGUUAACAUUUGGAGUUCAGGCAAGGAUAGUUUCCUCCUGACGCCAGCAGAGAGAUCCCAGUUUAUCUGAGUAAACUGUACAAAAAUUAGUUUUCUGUUUACAGCAAUUUGUAAAGUUUAACGAGACCAGCGCAAACAAACAUACAACCACAACUCAUGUCAGUGCUUGGAAAAGACUCACAAACAUAAAGCUUCAGAUUUAUGUUUGUGAGCUUCAGAUAAUUUUAAUUAUUAUUAACUUUAUAAGCUUAAAUUACCCUCUUAUUUAACUGUAAACCAUAAAAAUGGAGUACAGUGAAUAGAUAGUUGUCUUGCCCACAACUAAAAAGAUUUUCUAUGUACAAAAAAGAGAAUAUAAAGAUAUUUUAUUAAAUGCAAAACAACAGUAGCACUUAUAACCUUGUAAUUUCAAAUAUCUAUAGCUCAGUAGCAGUGGUGGAAGAAAAAUUCAGUACCACAGUUUACAAAAACCUUAAUUACGUAUUGCAAAAUGUACUUAAAGUAUAAAAAAUGUUAUUUACACAUCAGCAUAGGCUCUGUUUCUGUUCUAUUUUUCAUAUCUUUAUAUAAAUAAUAUUUGAUCAUUAUUUCUGACAGAUUAAAAAUGCAAGCAGCAUUUAAAUAUUAUGAGACAGAGCAUAUUUUAUUCAUGUUUUUACUGUCAGUUGAUUUAAUUUACUCUAUAAUAAAUCUUUAUAUUUCAUACCAUUCAUUAUACCCCGAAUCUGUAAAGUAAUUAAAGCUUUCAGAUAAAUGUAGUUGGGUAAAAAAUCCAAUAUUUCACUCUGGCGUACAAAAUACUCAAGUAAAGUGUCUCAGAAUUGUGCAGUACUUGAGUAAAUUACUUUAGUGCACUGAUUUUUAGGUGCUGUUCCUCUUGAAACCUGCAUUUGUAGGAUUUAGUUACUUUCGGCUUACGUGUUCAAGGUGUUGACGCCGGCGUCACACACCAGAAAGCAGGUAGGGGUUAAAUAAAAAAAUAAUUAGUGAAACCGUAGGAUGUAAAAACAUGCCAGUAAACACAAUAGAGUUGUGUUGAAACUUUUUGCACAACUUUACAAGUCUGAAUUUUGAAUUGACAAAAAAAAAUUAAAAAAAAAUGCUACAAAAUGAAGCUGCAUUUCCUCAAAUGGCCUCUUGAGGGUGUUUUCAAAAGUAAGUCAGUCCCCAAAGAGCCCUGUGUUAAAACGUCAAAGUCUAACAGCAGAAAUAAACGUGUUCAUUGUCUGGUUUUACUCCGUUUAGCUGAUUUUUCUACUCAUGACAACUAUACGGAAGGUAGAUUUCUAUAUACUCACCCAUUCAAAUUGUAUUAAUGCUUAAAAUGAGGCAUAAUGACGGGUUUUUAGUUGUGGCCAUCCAGUCUAUUUAGCUUCCUGAUUGGUCGUCAGUGUUUACCAAAGCAAGCUGACAGUCAGAGCUAUAUAUAAAAGAUGGAUGUAGCUGCUGUUUGUCAUUAGACAGCUGUUUUGAAACCUCAAAUACAUAAAACUCACCCUGUUUAAUCAUGUAUUUUCCUCUAAAUGGGACCAUAAUUUACAAAAUGAAUGCCAUUCUUCAUUGAUAGAGGCAUGAAAUUGGUGAUUGAGGCCAUAGACUCGUUAAGAAAAUGCUAACGGAGGCAGCAAGUCAAGAGAAAAAUUGAUUCAUUUUCCCAUAGAUUUCAGAGAAGUCGUCCUCUGCUGGCUGUUAGAAAGAUUAAAGCACUUUAAGGCUACGUCCAUCGUUUAUUCACAGCUUACCGUCAGAAAUUAAUCGAAUUAAGCAAAAAAAUACUGCUUCAGGUGUCUGCACUUGAAUGCAGUGUGUAAUUUUUGACAGUUUGGAUAUUUUGGCUGCACCUCAGAUAUUUUCAGUCACUUUUUCAGUUGUCCUGAUGACUAUUAAGCUACAACCACUUUUCACUGCCCCGUUUUAAACUCAACGAGAGAGUGACCGAAUGUGAAAAAGCAGCGGCGAGGCGACGUGGCUGCAGAUUUGGGCCAAAGACUUUCUUGCGUUUGUUUCAGGAGAGGCGUCAGACGGGUUGAGGUUUACUGGACACAAAAAAAAACUACUAAACCCCACCCAUCUGCUGCUCCCUGCAAAGUAAAACAAACACCCCCCAAACCCCUGGCUGCACCUAGGGGGCUGUACAGGCAGCUUCUAAAGACACAGAGAUGAGAAUUAGAGAGACAUAGAGAAAGAGAGACAGACAGAGUUAUUGGAAUUAUUCUAUUUUUGUUAUUCCUCAUUGGGAAAAGACAUAUUUAAAGGAAUAUUCCGUGUAUGUAUUGAAUAACCCCCAUUUUCCCGCCCCUAUCCAGUGGUGUGAUCUGUAGCUGCGAGGUGGCGUCUCACACUCCCCCUGCAGCUCUGCAAUGCCAAUGUGAUGAAAUUAUUAUUAUAUCAUUAUAAAUAAAUUAUUUUUCUUGCUUAAAA